AUGGCUAGUUUGGCUGAUUGGCUCUAUGCUUCGACAUUCAGGCUUAAGUUUGCCCGGGCUUCACAAAAGUUCUGGCUCCGCCCCUUCCUAACGCUACUAGCCCUGUUGGCUUGGCCGGCCACCUCGCGAUCGGCUACCCUGCAGCUGCAUGCCCAUCUCACCCACGUCGACAGUGGCCGCGGCUUCACCCAAGGUGAGCUGCUCGGGCGGAUGGUCGCCCGGUCGAGGGCACGGGCCGCCAAGCUCUGCCCAUCCGGUCCUGGUGGCGCGGUGACCGUGCCCGCGGUCAGCAGCUCCGGCGUCAUAGGCUCCACCGAGUACCUUAUCCACCUCGGCAUCGGCACUCCGCGGCCGCAGCACGUGGCGCUGGAGGUGGACACCGGCAGCAACGUCAUCUGGACACAGUGCACUCCCUGCUUCAAGUGCUUCGACCAGCGUUUCCCCAAGUUCAACACCUCCGCCUCCGACACCGUCCACGGCGUCGCCUGCUCCAACCAACUCUGCCAAGGCCUUCAGCGGAGCAGCCGCGCGUGCUUCCUCGGCGGCUGUGCCUACCGACUCGUCUACGGCGACAAGUCUGUGUCAAUGGGCCAGCUCGCCAAAGACUCCUUCACCUUCCAGCAGGGCAAGGUGGUGCCGGACCUCGCCUUUGGAUGUGGCCAGUACACCACCGGCAACUUCUCGUCCAACGAGUCCGGCUUCGCCCGCGGGCCAUUGUCGCUGCCUGGGCCGCUCCGUGUUGGCAGCUUCUCCUACUGCUUCACCAGCAUAUUCGAGUCGAGGAGCAGCCCCGUGUUCCUGGGCGCCCCGGACGACGACCUCACAGCGCACGCCACGGGGCCUGUCCUGUCCACUCCCUUCGUACGGGUUCCCGACUCCGAUGUCUACUACUACCUCUCUCUCAAAGGCAUCACCGUCGGCAAGGUGCGCCUGCCGGUCCCGGAGUCGGCGUUCACGCUCAAGACGGACGGCUCCGGCGGGACGAUCAUCGACUCAGGCACGGCUAUCACCUCCUUCCCACGGGCCGUCUUCCGGAUCCUCCGUGAGGCGUUCGUGUCGCAGGUGGCGCUGCCCCAUAUGCCCUACGACGACGACGGCGGCCCUGGCGAGCUGCAGUGCUUCCAGACGGACUCGGUGCCGGACGCGAGCAAGGUGGCGGUGCCCAAGCUGAUCUUGCACCUGGAGGGUGGCGCGGACUGGGAACUGCCACGGGAGAACUACAUGGCCAAGCACCCCAACUUGGACGACCAGCUGUGCGUGGUCAUAGAUUCGGCCGGCGACGACCUCCCGACCAUCAUCGGCAACUUCCAGCAACAGAACAUGCACAUCGUCUAUGAUUUGGCGGGCAACAAGCUGCUCAUCGUGCCCGCGCAGUGUCACAACAUGUGA